AUGAGCGAGGCAACACAACAGGAAACUCAACGAGUCGAGUUAAGCUUCAGUUAUACGCUAGAACUAUGGAUGUAUGGUAUUGCGUUCUGUGUCGGACUACCUGCAUUUAUUUUUACAGUGGUUCGGCUGGCAAGAUCACGAUCUUCUCGUCAACAUCUCGUUCUUGCUGCUCGACUGUUCUCUUAUAAAAUCAGUUUAUCUGUUGCUGAUUGCAUCGUCUUAUUCAUCUAUGCGCCGACUCAGUUUGCUUGGAUUCAUUCUUAUUGGUGGUUCGGUGGAGAUAUCGGAUGCAGAUUAUUCAAAUUUAUCUCAACUUUUGGAUUUCAUUUGACUGCCAACAUGCAAGUACUCGUAGCAGCCGAUCGUUUGUUGAUCACUGCGAAAAUGAACCGAGUGACCAGAAAUAUCAAAAAGCGACAAUACAACACAAGGUUAUCAUUAGCGGCGGCUUGGAUUUUGGCUCUUGUUUGUGCUGGGCCGCAAUUGAUGUUGUUCCGCCAGAAAACUACUCCACAAGGAUAUCCGCAAUGCAUCUCUAUUUGGACCGAACACCGUGUUGACUUCUAUGACCGAUUGGAGCUUCUGGAACAGUACAAAUAUAUGCAACAAGAGUUGGCCAGCAAAUCGCCUCUCUAUUUUUAUGAGAACGGAACAUUAAAGUAUGCAAAAGAAGAUUUUCCGUCUGAGCCAGGAUUCACGAUAGAAGAGCUUCACACUAACAACAGAAAUUGGCUUUAUCUGGAAAGACUUUAUAAUGUUUUACAUCUGGCGACUAUUUGUGUGAUGCCUUAUGCGUUAGAGUUGAUAUGUUACACAUUGAUCUUAUACAUUCUGAAAGGAGCAUCGAAGGGAAGAUUUGUCAGUUUAUCGGAUAUAAUCAAGGAUAUAUUCUGUUGCUGUAAGAGUGCUAGACAACGCGAUUCUCCGAUUGAGUCAAACGUUACACAGGAAUCUGACAACCUGAUGGUUCGGGUACCAUCCCGGUCCAAACGGUUUCAGAAUAUAGCCCCGGAAGGUAAAAGCUGCGAUAUGGAACGGAGGAGAGCUGCGUCGGUGGAUGUUCCAAUGAGAAUGAAGAACUCAUCUAGUUUAACUGUGUGUCUUGAUGAAAAUGGCUCAGCGACUGCAGCCACGAGACCCGAAGUGCCGCCGGAACCGGAACCACAGACAAAGCUUCAGGGAUGUUUUCAACGAGUUUGGAAUUUGUUGCUGGAUCUAUUUCACAACGGAUCAGAAGUUCGACGACAAAGUGCUCCUGCAAGUUCUCGGUCCAACACACUUUGGGUCGUUACUGUAGAUACUGCCCGCAGAAAUGCACGGUGGAAGGCGUUCAUUAUGCUCUCACUUAAUCUUGUCUUCUGGGCUCCAUACUGCAUUCUUGCAAUCACGUCUUCAGUAAUCAUUUCGCAAUAUUUGACGAACUUCCAAUUUGUGAAUGCACUAGUCACAUUCAAUGCCGUGUCCAAUAUUAUAUUGUAA